GAAGAGAAAGGCAAGGGAGAAGAAGAAAAAGAAGGAACUUGAUACAUUUGAAGGGGGAGAAGAAAAUUCUGAUUCUGGAGUUGUUGCAUUGGAGAUGAAAGAGUCUGAUGAUGGUCUGACUGAACAAGAUGAUAAAUGCUCCGUUUCUUCAGUCCUUUCAGCGGAGGAUGCAACUGCUGUUCAAGAUAUGCUAAACCAAGAUGUGCUUACUAACAUAAGUCCCACCUCAAUCUGCACUUUACAGAUGGCAAAUAAUGAGAAGUCUGAGAUGGCAGAAAAGAAGAUUGAUGAAGCAGAAAAUGUUAAUUCAGUCCCUGUGUUCCAUCCAGAAAAAUGUCUUGAAAGGAGUCCAUCAACAAGAUAUGAAGAAAGCCCCCUGGCUUCAAAUAGUGAAGAGGUUGCAACGUCAACUUCUGAAGAGAGUCCUGUUUCUGAAUGCUCACCAAAGAAGAAACUGGUUACAAAACUCCCUAAAGUAAAAGGGGAGAUGAGCGGUGACAUACCAGCAUACUUCAUGUAUCCUUGUCAACAUUGUGAGAGGAGGUUUACAACAAAACAAGGCCUUGAACGUCAUUUGCAUAUUCAUGUGUCCAGUACUACCCAUACAUUUAAGUGCAGGUACUGCGGCAAAGCCUUUGGUACACAGAUUAACCGGAGAAGGCAUGAGCGUCAUGAAGCCGGGCCAAAAAAAAAGCCAUCUGUAGCCUCUGCUUCAGUUUCACCACAGCUAGAAGACAGCGGUGUUGACACAAUAACCGGUGAUGAGGUUAGAACUGCAGUGCCAGAUGGUUUUCAUUCUGUUGAUUUACAAGACUGCAAGAUGGUGGAUUCAGAGCAAGAGGUUCAAGAUUACAUGGAUGAUGGUGAGGAACCAAGAGAGCAGCAUUCUUGCAAGUAUUGCAGGAAAGUUUUUGGUACUCACACUAAUAUGCGUAGGCAUCAGCGCAGAGUCCAUGAGCGGCACUUACUUUCAAAAGUUAUGAGGCAGAAUAGUUACCUUCUUGAUGAGUCACAUGUAAAAACAGAGCAAACUGCUCAAGCACAACCUGUGUAUGUAACCGAGUCCGAAGAGGGUGAUACAGAUGAUGUGUAUAUUAUGGGUAUUUCAAGCAAUAUUUCUGAAAAUCUGAACUACUAUAUUGACGGUAGAAUUCAGUCAAACAGUAACACUAGUAACUGUGAUGUAAUAGAGUUAGAUGCUAACACAGCAGAACUGUAUGGCCUAAAUUCCAUGAUCAGCUGCGUAACACAUGAGCCUUCUCAGAAUCCAGUAACUGUACUGUCAUGUAACACUGACAGUCUUCUCAAGGAGACUUCUGAUUCUGGACAUGUGGAACCCAAGAAGAGGAGGACUACCAGCCCACUACUUGUGGCCAAGAUAAAGACAGAAGUAGAUGCUGAACCUAUAACACCAUUGUCUUCUUUAAGCAGCCCUUCCCUUCAUUCUCCAGCAAGUGAAAAUUUGUCCUUUCACAAAGAAAAGGUAGUUUACUCUUCUUCAAAACUUAAACAACUUCUUCAGGCUCAAGAGAGUAAACGAGCAAUUCCAGCGGUAUUCAGUGAAGUUCCAAAAUUGGGACCUUCUGUAACCCCAUCAGGUUUAUCAACUACAUGUGGAAGAUUUAAAAGGAGAACUAGUUCACCUCCCACUUCUCCUCAGCACAGUCCUGCACUUAAAGAUUUUAGUAGGCAACAUGACACAAAACCAGUAUGGAAUGAAGGCCUACUUAGUAUCAGUAUGCAAAAAGCUGAAGGCAUUUGUAGUUCACCUCCCUGGACUUUUCCUUGCAAGGAAGAACAUGAAUCCUCAAGUCCUUUGGGUCCUGAAGAUUAUAAAAUUACUUCCAAAGAAUGGACAUCAAAUCAGUCUUUAAACAUUGUUUGUAACCAACAACCCCUUGACCUGUCUAAUGGGCCCAAGCAAGGGGCAGAUGGAUAUAACAAGUCCCAGGAUUGGGAGGUUGUGUUAGAUCUAAGUGUUCAUAAAAAAACAUUCAGUGAACUGGAUGUUAAAGAGAACAAGGGGAGUUGUACUGUUCAGCCUUCUUGUAGUGGUAUUAGAAAAAGAAAGCCAACUACAUGCAUGCUACAGAAAGUACUUCUGAACGAAUAUAAUGGGAUGGCUGUAUCUCUGGCAGAUAGUCCAGGCUCAUCUGAUGUUACUGAGUAUCAUAUGUCUCCUUUAACUGUGUUUUGUGAGCACACUUCUGUGCAGCCUACACCAGCUUCUUCUUCAGCUCUUUCUACACAGUCUCUCCAGUCUGAACUAAUUUCCUCAGCACCUCUGUGUUCACAGUAUAUGCAGUCUGUACCAGUUUCUUCAGUGACUGUCUCUACACAGUCUUUGCAGUCUGUUCCAGUUUCUUCAGCAACUGUCUCUACAGAGUCUUUGGAAUCCGUUCCAGUUUCUUCUGCAACUGUCUCUACAGAGUCUUUACAGUCUGUACCACUUUCGUCAGCAUCUGUCUCUACACAGUCUUUGCAAUCUGUACCAGUAUUUUCAGUGACUGUUUCUACGCAGUCUGUACAGCCUGCAUUUGCUUCUUCUACACAGUCUGUACCUGUUAUUUCUUUGCAAAAUCCUGUUGAACCUGUAACAAUUUCUUCCACAACUGACUCUACACAGCCUACCUCUGCUUCUUCUCUGCCUUCGUCAGUAAAUUCCCCCGCUGACUCCUGUGAUCCAGCACCUGUACAACCCUCAUCUAUGUCUUGUGCACCUGUCACAGUACAGCCCAUGCCAGUUACUUUGAUAUCUCCUCUUACAGAGACUAGGCCUGCCUCCCUGCAUACUGUAGCUGUUUCUUCACCUGUUUCUGCUAUACGUCUUCCCUCUCCUGUACAUGGAGUACCUCUGGAUUGUGUACCUGCCCUCCUGCAGCCUAUAUCUGUUACAUGUACCACUGCAUCUGCACAGUCUGUACAUGUUCCAUAUUUUUCUGCAUUUAUGCAGACAGCACAUCUUGCAUCCACCCCUACUUCCAAAUCUGACUUACAACCUACUACUGUGUCAUGUAUCCCUGUUGCACAACCAGAACCUGUUCCCUGUGCUUCUGAGUCUAUAUUGGCUUCAUCUGUCACAUGCGAGUCAGAUUCUGAAUACGAUGCACCUGUUUCUUCUAUGUCUGCUCUUAGACAGACUGCUGUUUCUUUUGUACAGCCUCUUGCCUGUGUGCCUGUUAUUCAGCCUGCAUCAGUUACUUGUUCACCUGCAGCUCUACAGACCUUUCCUGUUCCUUUUGUUCCUGCUUCUGUGCAGCCUGCAACUGUUCCUUCUGUACCUACUGUUGUACAAACAUCAUCAUCUACACAUUUGACAGAUACAGCAUGUGAUCCAGUUCCCUCACAGCCAACAACUGUUUCUAGCAUACCUGGAGCAGAACACCCAACACCUGCCACAGUAGCUGGUUCUGUGCAACCUAUAGCAAUUUCUUAUGUACCUUUAACAGAACAGUACCAACCUACUUCUUCUGCACCUUCCUCACUGCAGCCACUUGCUUUAACCUGUGCACCUCUUUCUCCUCCUACAACUAUUGGUUCUGCACCUGCUUCUGUCCAGUCCCUACCUGAUUCUUGCAAAUCUUCCUCUAUACAGUCAUCCCCUAUCACUGUAGAAACUUCAGCUGCUUAUAUUGCACCUACUGCUAUGCAGACCUUACCAAUUUCUUGUCCAGUUAUUUCUUCUCAACAGUUAACUGAUACUAGCAUGUCUUAUCCAGAACAGGCACGGUCUUCUCCUGUACCCUCUGAAACUACCCUACUUACACCUGCUGAGGCACUGCCUGUGCCUUCUCCUGUCUGCUUACUACCUAUUUCCUGCACACCUACUCCUGAAUGUGGUAAAGUUGCUUCUUCACAGUCUGCACCAUCUGUUGUGCAGCCGUCACUUGAUUCUUCAGUACCUGUUCAUUUGCAGGCUACACCAGCAUCAUAUGAAUCUGUGAUUCCUGACACAUGUGAAUCUGCUGCUAUCCGAACCCUCCCUGUUGCCUGUGUAAAUGCAUCUGUCCAGACUGUGUCUACUGCCUGUGUAAAUGACCUAGAUGAUCCUGGAGAUGUUUCUUGUUUGAGUGUUGCAAUCCUGCCUACUUCUGUUUCUUAUGCAAGUACCCCUGCCCAUGCUGCACCAAUUUUACAUUUACCUGCUGUGGAACAGUCUACACCUGAUCCCAUGUCAUCUGCUUCUUGCGUGCCUACUUCAGCUGAGCUUCUGUCUCCUUCCUCUGUCUCUGUCUCUGAUGUUGACUCAUCUUCUCUUUGUUACUGGACAUCUGCGGUGCUGCAAGACCAUACAUUUUCCUUGGCUCAGCCACCCCCAGUUCUUACACCAGCAGCACUUAAUUUGCCUCCCACAUGUCUGCCUUUUCUAGCCAUCAGUACAACCCCUCCUCUUUUAUCUAGUGCCCCAUCAACACCAGUAUCGUCUGCUAGCAUCACUUCCACUUCUUCUGCUUCUACAUCCUCAUCACCUUCACCAGGCUCUAAUGAAGUUACACAGUCCUCCCUUCCAGUUUUGUCACCAACAGUAUCUCGUUCUCCAUCAUUGCCUGAUUCUCCACAUGGCUCUUGUCCCUCUCCUGAUCCCCCAGUGCUUUCAUCUUCACAGUCACCACUGUCUGAGGUAAGGUCUGGCUCCUCCUCCUCAUCCUCUUCUCCACCACCUGUUACUUCAGAAAGUCUGCCAGAGCAUGCAACUUUAAAAAAGGAGGAAGAGGAGGAGGAAGAGAUGAAACAACAGAUAAAAUGCAAUGAAAAAUUUCAAGAUAUAGAAGAGAAGCCUUCCAUACAAGACAAAUUUAAUAAAACCUUCACAUGUAAUGUCUGUGAUGAUGAGUUUCACUCUGUUAAGGAUCUUGUUAUGCAUUCAUUAGUUCAUUCAGAAGAAUGGCCUUUUAAGUGCGAGUUUUGUGUUCAGCUUUUUAAAGAUGUUGUAGGAUUGGCAGAUCAUCGCUCAUCACUGCAUGGAGUUGGAAAGAUUUUUGUAUGUUCACUGUGUAAAAAAGAAUUUGCUUUCUUCUGUAAUCUUCAGCAACAUCAGCGAGACCUGCACCCAGACCAUGACUGCACCCAUUAUGAACUUGAUAAUGGGACAUUAAGGCCUCAAAACUACACAGAUGCUGGUAAGAUUGGUUCUGCUAAUAGUCUUCCAGAUGGAUCAGCAACUCCUCCUCAGGAAGAUGAUGAGGAUUUCACAGACUCGUCUGAAGAGCUCUACACUACCAUAAAAAUAAUAGCUUCUGGGGCAAAGACAAAAGAACCUGAUGUCCGUCUGGGGAUUUAUCAACAUUAUCCCAGUUUUAAACCUCCUCCUUUUCAGUAUCAUAACCGCAAUCCCUUGGGUAUUGGCAUUACUGCUACAAAUUUUACUACUAAUAAUAUUCCUCAGACAUUUAGCACAGCCAUUCGUUGUACAAAGUGUGGGAAGAGCUUUGACAACAUGCCUGAUUUACAUAAGCACAUACUGGUAUGUGCUUCUGCUAGUGACAAAAAGAGAUACACUCCUAAGAAGAGUCCAGUGCCAUUAAAGCAGGUUGUGCUGCCCAAAAAUGGAGUAGUUGUUCUAGACAGCCCUGAGCCGAAUGUUGUAAGACGAAUGAUUCAACCAAAGCAACUUAACCCUGCUAAGGAAGUCACCAGAAUAUCUGUAAACAAGAUGAAAUUCACUGUGUUUAAAAAGAAAAUUCAGCUGGUGCAGAAAGCCAUUUCACAAAAAAACAAGACUGCAUUAAAACAGAAAGCAGAUCUAAAAAGCAAGCCAUCUGAUUCAGAUGGGCAUAUCUGCCCUUAUUGUAAUCGCAAGUUUACAUACGUACGAAGUUUGAACAAACAUGCAUCUUACAGCUGUCCAAAAAAGCCACCUUCUCCUCCCAGAAAGCACUCCCCUCAGCUAGUAAAGAAAAAUGUGAGCUCCUCAUCUUCUCCAAGUAGUGACAAGAGCAGUAUUCAACGCAGAAAAACAGCAGAUGCAGAAAUAAAACUACAGGGUGCACCAAGUCAUUUAGGAAAGACACGGGCACGAAACUCAGGAUCUGCAAAAGCACAACUGGCAACUUUUUUCCAGAAAUCCCAUCAGAAAUUUAAACCUUUACCUCAGGUUAAAUCCAAGAAGCCAGUUGCUUCCCCUUCUACAGUAAAGCACUUAAGUCCCACAAGAAUACCUAAAAUUACACUGCCGGAAGGGAAAAAAAUUAGAAUAGAAAGCAAAAGCGAGCCUUCUCAAGACUUGAGUAAAAUUUCUCAGAGGACACGUCUUCGAGUUAAGGGAAGUGCAGCUUUCUUACAGAAAAAAACAGUUGUCAUAAAAAAGAAAGGACCAGAGAAGUACACUGUAAAACUUAGAAGCCGUAGACCUGUCACUCGAAGCUUGCGGCCUGGUACAAAUAUGGACACAAAUGAAUUUAAGGGUGAAGAUGCAGAAAGGAGGAAAGAAUCUAAAAGUCAUCAGGAACUGCCAACAAGGAUGAUGAGAUAAAACUAUGUGCAUCUUCCUGGAUUUAAAAGCACUAUUUUGGAACUGAUUGGGAACUUAUUGGGUUUGUCCAACCAGCGGCAGCUGAUGAGAGCACAAAAAUGUUUCACGUGCCCGUGGGUUGCUUCUGAAGAGAGGACUCGGAUGAACAAUUGACAAGGGUACUGGUUGGGAAUUGGCUCAAAUGAACCAGUUCCACUGUCACUAAGACAAUAACAACUCAGGUUUAUACUUCGCCUAGAGUGCUUUAUACUGACAGAGACGAGUCUUCCCCUCAAGUUAACUUUACAAAGCAGAUCAUUCUGUUAAACAGUUGUUCUGUUGUACAGUUUGUAUAAAACUGCGUUUCUGCACUUGUUUAAGCAUACAGCACCUGUCCAGUUCCAAGCACCUUUUUUUUUUUUUUUUUUAAAUAAAGGAAACUACUGAGAUCAUGUUCAAGUGGCAGAGUUUAACAUGUCAUUCAAGGAUGUUUAUAUUCAAACUGACCAUAGCAGUGAAUGCAGAAAUUCAUUUCCUCUUUGCGUGUAUCGAUCCCAGUUCGACUUUCAUGUUCACAUGGAAUUCUCUAUCCUCAGAACUUGUCUGCUGUAUUAGGUAUGUACUUGUUUGCCUGUGUCUGGAUAAUGGAGCUGUAAAACACAGGUUUUAUUUCUAAUUUGUGCAAGUUCUGUAGCAGGAUGUAAAAUAUGUAAUAUUACUAUACAGAUCUUAAAACUUAAGAUCUUUUAAUGGUUGCAUUCAGAGUAAAAUUGGGCUAUUGUUUAUAAUUGAAACCCUUUUACACCAUAUUUUUCUGUCAUCUGUUUUAUGUUUCAGUGGGAGGGUUUGCAGUCAGGCAGAGGAAACAAUAUUUUCACACACCAACCAUUUUCUGUUCCUGACUUUAAAAAAAGUAAUCUACCUCUAAGAAGAUUUGUAGUUUGAUACUUGUUUGGUGAAAUUGUGCCACUUUAGCUCUUUCACUUUCACUAUCAUUCCCAUUUUGUUACAUUUUUUCACACAUUGGGACUUUUUGUUAACAAAUGUACAUACCGUUUGUAGCGAGUAAAAUAUAUAUUUAAAAUUAUUUAAAUUGUUAUGAACACUUCAAUUGUAUUAUACAUGAUUUAUGUUUUUAAAAUUAUUCCCCCCACUCCUUUUUUUUUUUUUUUUUUUCAUUUUUCAGGUUGCAGAUUAAACAUGGAAAAUGUUCCUGUAUAAAAGUUUGCUGUUGUUUCAUUGUUUCAUUUGAUGGAAAUGGCAUUAUUAUAAUGCAGAUAUUAAAAUUUACAGUUUGGGAUACAA